GUUUUCUUCUUGACACUCCUUUAACGACUUUAACGACUUGAAAUGUUCCAAGAAAAACCGUAUUCGGUGGUACCGCUGCUCUCGCGAGCACUCCACCGCGUUCGCUCGACCCCUCCUCGCAUUAUCGCUUCACCGCCAACUCAACCACGACGAGCAGCAGUGGCUCUCAUUAUUCGCGUCGUCCCAUCGCCUCACGCGCCAAUUCCCCCUAACCCUGCAAAUCCUCCGACCUUAUCCGAAUUUUUCGAGCUUGACUGGGUCAAAGACCCCAACGCCCAAGCUGAAAUCCUCUUCCUUCAUCGGGAGAACCCAGCCAGCAAUGGAGACGGCCCAUUCAACCAAUCACGAGUUCGCGUUGGCAAAGAGGCACACGUAGCGUUCCCCGGUGGACGCACAGAACCCGACGACGAAGGUGGUCUUUACACCGCUAUGCGCCAAACAUGGGAAGAGAUUGGAAUAGACCUCGCUGAGAAAGACUACAUUUGCAUUGGACAACUAGACGACCGAGAGAUUACUACGUCCUUGGGGAAACGGUUACUUAUGAUCCUCUCGCCAUUUGUAUUCCUUCAAGUCACGCCACAAGCACCAGCUCCCGACCCUGUACCCACCACACAGAUUCACUGGACGCCCCUCAACGCCCUCGUGUCACCCUACUCGAAACCCAAAUGGUCUACCGUAACAGUAGACGCCGCGUCCCGCCUCACACCCAAACACUCGGCGUUCCUUCGUGUUCUCGUACGCCUCCUGGUGGGCAGCAUGGAAUUCCCUGCCAUCCUUCUCGACCCUUCCCCUGCUUCCUUCGGCGAGAAAGGACUUAACGGCCACGCCUCUUCUCGCAGGUUGCAGCAACUGAAACUUUGGGGAUUGUCGCUGGGUAUGACAUUGGAUUUGAUGUCAUACAUGAUCCUUCCUGCACCUUCGUCCCUGGGAGGCUCGAGAACCCCUCGCCGGAGCGGCUCGUCAACCCCUUCGACGCCUCUUUCCGAAGUAAUGCAGCUACCUUACCAAGAAACAGUCCAGGACUUCAAUCUAGAAUAUGUAGCGCCAAGCCUCGCGAGCGUCUUCCCCAGGUUUUCGUACCCUGACGUCAAUUUCUGGAUAUGGGUGUUUGGUAAGCGCUACAGAGAAGUUAUUCGCGGCUGGGAGGCUAGCGUUCGCGUCGGCGGAACGAAUGACCGCAGAAUAAACUGGUCCGGAACAGCUCUCAGCACUUUCUAUGCUGCGAUCCGCAAGGCUCUCAUCGUGGUCAUCGUGGCGCGCGCCUUGGGCAUUCUCUUUGGUUUGGGUUUCGCUACCUGGUGGAUCUUUGGGCGCUCAACCGCGUCCCAGAUGACGCCAACGGGUAUUGAUUUGACGACCUCGAUCGACUAG